AUGGAUUCAGACUUGAUUGAAGCAGUGAAACAGAUACAAGCGCAGAGCUAUGCCGACGUUGCAAUGACAGCGAUCGUCGUGUUCGAAUAUCUCGUGACAUUUGACCAGGAGCUGACCUGCGUGUGGCAGCGCAAGUUCAGCGCGACGUCAGUCUUGCUGCUCACCACUCGCUGGGUCAUGAUCAUCAACCAGGCUAUAGUAUGGAUGCCCUCAACACCUAAGACCAAGUGUUCGCCUCUUUCCAUCUCAGAGAAGAAUCGCAGUCCUAAUUCUCCUGCAGAUGCACAUUUCAUCCCGUCCAAGAGAAUUGCUUUGUUCGCGGCUUUCCGCGUGUACGCCCUCUGGUACGACUGGAAGUACAAACACUUCCUAUUAGCAGUUGUUCUGACACUAGGAUUUGUGCCUGUCGCAACGAACAUUUUCGGAUGGGCAAACAUUGUUCUGACCUACCAGGGUCCUUUGUUGGAUGGAUGUGCGGCGUAUAUCAACACCUCCGACGAGUUGAACAUGAUGUGCGUAACGAAUGGGCCCAUUUUAGCUGCUCUUACGCUAACAGCUGUCUCUACAGAACGCAGCGCAGUGCUCCAGCUUACUCGCAGCAGCGCUUUAGCGUGCGACAUCAUCGUGCUGAUCGCGACCUGGCUCAGGACGUUCAGCCAGUGGCGGGAGGCGCGGCAGCUGCAUAUACAUCUUCCUGCUUCUACUCUGCUUUUGCGCGAUGGUACAAUUUACUUCAUUGCUUUACUCGCGAUGAACAUCGCUCAGAUGGCGACCUUCUGGGACGCAAGCAUCAACGCGAAUAUUGCAAACGUUCCGUUAACAUCGAUGCCAAACGUCCUCGUGAACCGCUUCCUGAUCAACCUCCGUCAGCUCAGCCAGCCGACAGACCCAAGCGCAACAUUGAUGACGCUAGACACAAGUGCGCUUACUUUUGCAAUGCCUGCAAGCGAAGCACUUGGAAACAUUGGCGAAUCAUUAGAGUACGGCACAGCAGACAGCGCCAUGGUUUCUGAGGUUGACUAAGGUAACCUUGCAUGUGAGGCCGCAUGUUUUCUUAUCUAAAUCGGUCGUAGAGCUGCGACGCUUAACAUACGGAACCACAGGCCAGGCUGUGUUUAUUUUCAAACUUAACGUAGGUCCUAAUCUACCUUACGAUAUCACCAUCCGCAAGCUUGAGCCGCAAAAGCGAGUCCAUUUCGAGCUCGCCACAGAACAUCUCCUGCUUUCUCAUGAGCAUGAUCGUAGUCGCCACCUAUGCCAAGUAUGCCAUCAGCAAGACGUCGCAGUGCCCAAUAUUGUUGAGCCCGGUAAUCACU